CGGCAAUCCCCCCAGCUGUCCUUCUUCUUCUUCUUUAUUGGGUUCUGCGCUGACCAGAGCUCUGAAACUGUGGUGGCGCGCCUCCCCAUUCCGCCCCAUUGCACAAUGCAGCGCCACCGUAGCUCCGACGUGAUCUUCAUCUCAUUGUUGAUUCAUGUUUUGCUGGUAAACGCUCAGGGGCAGCUUCAGCACCCGGUUUUAGACCGGCAUUGGCACCCCGGGACGGCCACCUGGUACGGUGACCCCGAAGGAGACGGAAGUAACGGUGGGGCAUGUGGAUACGGGUCGUUGGUCGACGUGAAGCCGAUGAAGGCACGAGUUGGGGCAGUGGGUCCCGUGCUGUACAUGAACGGAGAGGGGUGCGGAGCCUGCUACAAGGUGAAAUGCUUGGACAAGAGCAUAUGCUCGAAGCGAGCCGUGACGGUGAUAAUCACCGACGAGUGCCCAGGCUGCCCCUCCGACCGGACCCACUUCGACCUCAGUGGCGCAGCAUUUGGCCGCAUGGCUCUUGCCGGCGAGAACUCCCAGCUUAGAGACCGUGGUCAAAUCCCAGUCGUUUACCGAAGGACACCAUGUAAAUAUCCUGGUAGAAACAUUGCUUUCCAUGUUAAUGAAGGAUCCACACCUUUUUGGCUAUCACUGUUGGUAGAGUUUGAGGAUGGAGACGGAGACAUUGGCUCUAUGCAUAUUCAAGAAGCAGGGUCAAGUGAGUGGCUUCAGAUGAAUCAUCUCUGGGGCGCAAAUUGGAACAUUAUUGGAGGACCAUUGAGGGGACCCUUCUCUGUGAAAGUAAGCACAUCCACUGGGAAAGCACUUUCUGCCAGAGAUGUUAUCCCUGGCAACUGGACUCCAAGAGCCACUUACACAUCUCGUCUCAACUUCUUCCACCAUUAGCACUCAAUAAACAUCUUAAUUCCUAAAAGGAAAUACUCGUAAUAAGUAAAGACAAGUGUUUCUUUUCUUCUGUCUGUUUUUGUCAGAAAAGUUGCCGCGGAAGUCCAUAUAAGUGAGUAGCUUCCAAUGGUGUAUUAAUUUGCCUUUUUCUUUUUUCGCUUUUACUCUUCUGCUGCUUGUGUACCUACCCUUUUUCGUAGUAGAAGUAGCCCUCUCCAAAGAGGAGAGAGAGCCGUAUGGUAGUGAAUGUGCGUGCAAUUGUACUACUGGUCCUAUAUAAUUAAUGAAGUUUGAAGCUUUUAAUAUGUA